AUGGGUACUCGGUUCAAUGCCAGUUGUGGUCACGCAGGUUGGUAUGCCGUCAUCUGUCUCCAUGUCAACUGGCUGCUAUGGACAGGACUCCUCAAAGGUCUAGGAGUGCUGCUGCCGACUCUUCAAGAGCAAUUCACGACUGACACGUGGAUGAUUGGCGGAUUGAUAGCAACUAUAACUGGUGCUGGCAGUUUCACAGGUCCUUGCUUGAUGAUCGCCAGUAUUUUAUCGAGAGCUACGACGGGUCGUUAUUUCACCACAAAUUACGCGACAGUGAAUGGCAUUGCGACCUCAGGACACUCAGUGGGCUUGAUUUCCUUUGCCCCGUUGACUCAAGUGCUUUUAGACACCUACGGCUGGCGAGGUGCCUUGCUACUGCUUGGGGCUAUCAGCACGCAUCUUGGUGUGUGUGGCCUCCUGCUAAGACCACCACCAUCUGCAGGGGCGAGGGAAAACUACCAACCAAUCAUAUCCAGUGAAGAGGAGCCGUCAGUAUACCGAUCACAAAUCCCUAAAGGUCAGAGGAAAUCCCGACUCUGUCUCCUGAAGGAUGCCGUUAAGGUUCAGGGGAAUCGUUUCGGUUGCAAGGUGUUCAGCCUCGCCGCAUUCUGGAUAGCUGCGCUUGUCUACAGUGGCAAUUCCUUUGUGAGCGGUCUCUGGCUGAUAUACUUCGUCGCUUACGCCGAGUCGAAGGGCUUUUCUGGGUACGAGGCCGUGACGUUCACCACGGCCGCGGGGAUAGGGAACCUGAUUUUCAAGAUUCUUGUUGGAUUGGUUGUGGAUCGAGGCUGGCUGAGGCUGCAAUUGGCCUUGCUAAUUUCAAUCAUGACUUGUGGCUUGGCCCUAUUCACUCUUCCCUUGGUGAACUCCUUCUGGUUAAUGAUUGUCAACGCCAUUAUCUUUAACGGCUUCGCUGGAGCGCAAUCAUCACUUAGUGACAUUUAUACACGGGAACUCCUGGGAGCCGAAGACCUGGUACCUGCUUUCAGUUGGGUGGGGCUCCUAUCGGCCACUAUUCAUAUCACUUUUGGAUUCUUCCCUGGUUGGAUAUUCGAUCAGACUGGAAGCUAUGACAAGGCUUUUUUCAUCUUGGGAUUCAUCGCCCUUCUGCCGUUGGUGUCACUACUCGUGGAAAAGCUACUAAGCCGACAGAAGGCUUGA